UCAAUUAAAAAUGAAUUAAGAAUCAAACUGUUUCUUCAAAUUAAUAUUGUAUUUAAUUUAGAUUAAUUAUUAAUAAAACUUAACUAAUAUCAAAAACCUUGCUUGAUGAUAGUGUUGUAAUAAAGUCAGCGACUUACACAAGUACUGAAAGACUGAGGAUAAUAGACUAUAACCUACUCAAGAGCACUUUGUAAAUGACUAUAAGUCUAAAAACAUUGAAUGAUUAUGAACCAGAUUUAUAGUCUGAUCUAGUGGUGUGAUAUGUGAUCACGCCAUAUUUCACUUUGAUCACAGAUAUUUUUAUAGAUUAGGUAAAAAUAUGAUCACGCUAUAUUAAACUUUGACUACAGUAAUUUUUUUAUAGAAUAGGUAAAACUAUGAUCACGCCAUAUUACAACGCUACCACAGUUAUUUUAUAGAUUAGGUAAAACUAUGAUCACACCAUAUGAUACCACAACCUUACAAAUCUGUAUAUAAGUGAUCAGUAGACAUUGAUUAUAGUUAGUGUUAAAUCUCAACAUUGUCUAUAAAUUUUAUGUUUCGUCGUUUCAUACCGUAAUAUAUCCGUUUGCUACAAGUCGAUAACAAACCAAGUAACACAAUUUGAUCAGGUAUAUUUAAUAUAUAUAAAAAAUAUAUGUCGUACUAUACUAAUGUAUCUGCAGGCGAAAGCUCUUCAAAUGAUGAUAAUGAAAGUAGUAUGCUAUCAACACUAUCAUCUUCUUUAAAACCGGUAAAAAUGCAGAAUAAAAAAAGAAAAAAUGAUACUGAACCAAAAGUUAAAAUGACUAAGGCUGGAAAGCAGCGAACAGAAUCAAUAGAGACGUACAAGGAUGCCUUAGCUAGUGUAAUUUCGAAAGGAAAUAUUGAAGAUAACGUUUCUAACUCAAUAACAUUGACGGAAGGAAAUUACACGUAUACGAUUCGGUGUCCAGUAGCGCCAAAAUGCGAUGACUACUACGUCAUUCAACAUUAUAAAACUAGUGUUAUAAAGGACAUUCCGUCACUUGAAAGAUGGAAACAUUCUGAAGCUAGUGUAAAGUUGUACACUAGCACACCUUUCCUGCUGACAACGAAAUAUCAAUAA